AUGACUCUGCCUGAAGCGGGUGUGGUGGGCGGCGGCACAGCCGUUGCCGCCGUUGGCCGUUCGACCGGCAGCACCCCCACGCCAGGCACGGCGGCAGGGCUCAAGCCCCCACCUCCCUUGUUGCCCUUUGGCCCCACUCUGCACUACUCAGGUUGCGGAUGCCCCUACAACUGGGCCCCCGGAUGCCGCCUGUGCGACUGGGGCGACAGCUGGCUGCAGCAGGCGCACAACAGCCUGGGGCCGCGCAAGGGGGAGGCGGCUCGGCUGGCGCCCAUCCGCAAGCUCAAAGUCGCCUACUGCAUACCCCACGCCAACGUCACAGGAGGCCUCAAGAUGCUGCUGGAGCAGGCAAGGGCCGCCGCUGCCAUGCGGCUGCUGCGGGAGCGGGGCCACACUGUGGUGGCACUCACCCGCUCGGAGCUGGCAGACACGGCGGUGCCGCCCUGGAGCGAUGUGGACGCCGACGUGGUGUGCCGGCUGGGGCAGCGCUUCCGUGAUGUGUAUGACGUGGACUCCUGCGACGUCGUGGUCACAGGCAUCUUCCACCAGGUGCCCGAGUGGCUGACCAGCACCACCGCCCCUGUGCUGUACUACGAGCAGGGCCACGAGUGGCUGUUUGGCGACCCGGUGCGCUUCCGCGAGGCGGGCAGCUGCCGCGCCCAGGACACCCUCUUCCACCAGGCCAUGCACCUGCCCGUGGCGCUGGCCGCGGUGUCGGAGGCGGUGCAGAGCAUCAUCUGCAAGGAGUUUGGGCGGGCCUGCAUGCUGGUGCACAACGGAGUGGACUGCGCCCGCUUUGAGCCGGGCCCACCUGCCGCCGACAUCCUGGCUGCCCCCACCAAAGUGCUGACCUCCCCUGCCUACCAGCCCCCGGCCCCGGGCGAGCGGCGGCCCUCGGUGCUGCUGGUGGGAAACCCCGGGCUGGCGCUGAAGGGGUUUGACUGCGCCAUUGCCACCCUGGGCCUCGUCAACCGCAGCAGGCUUGUUGAGGUGCACUGGGUGUGCCAGCAGGAGCCAUCCAGCCAGCUGCAGGCCCUCGCCGACACCUGCAGCCUGCGCAUCAGCCUGCACAUCAACCCGCCGCAGGACCGCCUGCCACAGCUGUACCGCGGCCACGACUGCCUCCUCUUCACCAGCCAGUAUGAAGCCUGGGGCAUGCCGGUGCUGGAGGCCAUGGCUUCAGGGCUGCCGGUGGUUGCCACCGAGACUGCGGGGGUGGGGUCCUUUGCCACCCACAACCUCAACUGCCUGACGGCGCCGGUCGGGGAUGCCGCUGAGCUGGCGCAGCGCGUGCUCAGCGUGCUGGAGGAUGCCCCGCUGGCGGCGCGCCUUGCGGAAGCGGCACGGCGCACCGCGCAGGCCUUCACCCCUGCCCGCGUGGUGGGGCAGCUGGAGCGGGUGCUGUACAGCAUGACGGCAUGCCGGCAGGAGCUGAUGGCGCUGCGCCUGCAGGCGCUGCCCGACUCGCAGCAGGCGGCGGCCUCCGCGGUCAAGGCCUGCGCCGGCGUGGCCGCCACGCAGCAGGCGCAGAAGCGGGCGCGCCACCGAGAGGACGAGGGCGGGCAGCAGCAGCAGCAGCAUGCAGGGCACGCCCUAGGCGCGCUGCGACGGCGCUCGCAUGUGAUGGACAUGUGGCAGCCGCAGCAGUCGGCGCAAAGGGAGGGCGUGCCUGAGGAGCAGCAGCAGCGUCAGCAGCAGCAGCAGCAGCAGCAGCACCACCACCACCAAGCACAGAAGCAGGAACAGGAGCAGCGCCCGCCAGCAAGCGGCAGCUUGGAAGUGCAGCAGCGCCCGGCGCCUUCCGACUCGCAAGCGGGGCGGGACCAGCAGGCCUCGCAGCUGUCGCAGCAGCCUCCGCUUGAGCCGAGGCCCUCGCUCAGCGGGGAGCAGCAGGCAUCGCAGCCGUCACAGGGGGAGCCUGCUGAUCAGCAGAAGGCCUCGCUCAGCGGGGGGCUGCCGGCGUAUCAUGUGGCAUCGCAGGCGGAUGAGGUGACCAGCUGCGAGGUGGUCCGUGUGGAGGUGGGCAGCUGCGAGGGGGCAGCCGCCCAGCAGCCCGGACGCUGCGUCUUGCCUGCUGGAGCCAUUUUGCUGGCAGUGGAUGUCGGGCAUCCCUUGGCCGCCGCCCAUCACCACGCCAUCAACAGAGCCAGCGAGUUUUGCCAGGCCCCCGGUGCGCGCGAGCGCAGCCUGGCCACUUCCUCUGGCUGA